UCAUGACCUAUUUUUAGUGAAUACCAAAACAAAAUGUAAGUUAAAAAAGAAAAUUUGAUUUCUUUAGUGCUUGUAAAAAUACUAACGGUUAGUGGUCUACUUGCUUUAAAUUACUAUUAGUGAAAUGCAAUCUGAGAAAUGGAAGCAGACAUGCAUAGAUCUUUUCCGCAUGGUGUCGAGGGAAGACUGGGGGGCUUCGCCUCCCAAGUGGGAGAUGCCCGAGCAGUCAACCCCGCAAGAAUCGUUCUACACCACCUUCGCUAAGACUUAUUGGUGCAAGCACGACGAAGACUGUCGGAAGAUUGUACAUGACCUUCAACAGAAACACAUGGAUGAAGGCCACCCUGAUAUUCAGUACAAUUUCCUAGUCGGAGGUGACGGGAAUGUCUAUGAAGGAGCCGGGUGGAAUUACACCACUGUGGAUUUAUCCAGACCGGAGUUUAACAGAUAUCCAAAAGUUAUAAUAGCAACUCUUGGAAGACCCACAGAAUCUAGAUACAUGAGAAGAACUGUAAGGACCGUGGACAGAUUUAUUUCGUAUGGAGUGGCCAAGAAAAUGUUGUUACCUGGUAGAAAAUUCAAAUACACCGCAAUUGGUUGAAAACAAAGAGGAAAUUGUUUGUAUAAUAUUGUAAAAAAAAU